AACACCAUGUGAUUCCCCAUGAACCCAUGUCUUUCUCAUUACCGAUCAGACCCCAUCAAUUCCACCUUCACCACUCAUUCCAUAUCCCCCACUUAAUAAUUGAUGAACAUUAUUUCCUCUCUGCCCCUUACAUCUAUAUAUACAAGUAAGAUUAAGUUCAUUUCCAUUACCUACCUUCAACAUUCUCAAUCUUGCUUUCUAAGUUAUCUGGGAUCUUCCACUCCUUCCUUUUUCAAAGCAUACAUCUACUGUAAACAAAAAUGGCUAUCCGCUUGCCUCGUAUCAUAAGCUCUAAGAAAGUUCCCAAGGGCUACUUUGUAGUUUAUGUUGGAGAAAACCAGAGGAGGUUUGUGAUACCAGUGUCAUUCUUGAGCCAGCCUUUAUUUCAAGAUUUGCUAGGCAAGUCAGAAGAAGAGUUCGGAUAUAGUCAUCCUACCGGCGGUCUCACAAUUCCCUGCAAUGAAGAUAUUUUUCUUGAUGUUAGUUCUCGCUUGAAUCAAUUGUGAGAGAAUCAAUACAAAUCUGCCUAUACAAUUUUGUAAAGCAAAAAUGUCUAACACCAUGUAAACAUUUUUUCUCCAUCUUUUUUGCC